UAAAUAUUCGAAAUAUAUUGUCUGCUAUCAAUCAUGGUGCGUGGACCAAGCGAAUUCAGACCGCGGUGUGUCGCGCCAAGAGAGAUCUGCGAUGCAUGCUCACUCGGCGCAGCACGUCGGCGUGGUACGAAUACCGAGACCCCCGUCGUUGACUCGACAUGCUGGCUGGACUACGAGGUUUCGAUCCGUCUUGGUGGGUUCGACGGAUGGACAUGGAACAGGUCGUGCUCAGCAAAGCAUCCGACCACACACAAGACACUGGUUGAUCUCGUUGAUCAGACCAAGCGACAACGUUUUCUCGAACAGAUUUUUCAUUUUGAUGUAUUCGGACCACGCAAGCCACUGCACGCCGUCCCGAGGCUCGAAAACUUGCCAGACGCGUCCGGGUUGCACGUUGGAGCUUUCUCUGGCAAAAGGCAAGCCAACACAACAACGCCAACACUUGCCGAGUCCACACACAUUCCAGUUGGACGGAUGCAGCUCAGACGACAUGACUGGAAUGGGAGGCUCUUGGUGACAAGCCCAACCACGACGACAACGUGGCCUCCCGACGGUUGAGGAUCUGGGUGAUGGAGACCCCAUCACCCAGCACCUGCCACGACGAGUGGCAGGAAUUCGACUUGGUCGCAACUCUUCACACGGCCUAUACACACACGCCACCAUUCAACAACUGCACCAUCGACGGCAACGCCACUUGAUCGUCACACGGCGGCGAUAACGGAGCAGCAUCGUCCACAUGGCCGAGAGCGAGAGCACCACUUGGUCCCAACAAACACCACGACCACACACUAGACCAGACCGCUUGGGAAACACAUGCAAACUCACCGCAAACGCCACGACGACACCAAAUAUAUCGUGCAACAACGUCGAGGUCUGGAACAGAACCACCAAAACGAAGACCGCGACUGAGGUUGGGCAUACCAAGAGUCGGCCGAGGAGCGCAUGAUCGUUGGGCCAAACUCUGCAAGAACCACAGGCCACCAAACGACAUUGCCACACAAGUGCCAUACCAGGGACGCAAACCGCACCGCCGACGAACUACAACAACCGCCCCACCCACAACCAGACGAACCGACUCGACGUACGUGACGAUCACUCACAGCUCCAGCCACCUCCACCGACGAGCUGGUUCCACCAGACCACAUCACACCACCUCGCGACGCCCAUAAGGAUCGACAAGCCAGGGACACGCCACGAUAUGCGCAUUGGACUCAAUGGGCCGUCCGAGGUAUCGCGAGGUCAUGGCAGCUUUCAACACGAAGUGUCCCACGUUCAUGACAGUAAACGAGCUGAAAUCGCGACGACUACACGGGGCAAACACGAGCAAGGACCACGGGGAAUUUCUCCACAUACUGGACCAGGUCUGGCGGCGCACCAAUGCAGCCAACGACUACGAGAGCAACAUGCCCCGAACGAAAAGAGGUGUACAUACUAGUUGACGCACGCUUGUACAAAGGAUCGAGACGAACUAGGGCAACAACAUCCCGGCAAACAUGGUGUGCAAGGUACAUACGAGCUUCAUGGCUGGACGAGCGGACGACACGCGAAGUGCAAGAAUGCACACAGACUACGAGAGAGGGAAAACGACCACAGUGUUUGUACAUACUAGCUUGGCUGAAACGUUUGCUCGCUGGAUCGAGGGGGUCUCGCAAAGGCUACAACGACUUCCACCCCACACUGGACACGGAUACAUCGGACGUACAAAGCAAGCGCCGUCGAGAUAUCGCGUCAUGAUACACAGUGCAAACGGAUGGUUAGGAGGAGACCCACUGGCAUCGCCCACAGACACGCCCAGUCGCACGUAGCAGAAUCGCUCAAAUGCCCACAGUCGCAGCAAUAGCCUCGAGGACCACCAAGGCACGCAGUUGCCACCGCCAGAAGGCGACAUACAUACACACACGCCCAAGUGAGGGCAAAGGCUAACGUUCGUGAUCCGCCCGCGCCAUGCCCUGUGCUUCCGAUUCUGCGGCACCGACG